AUGGCUCGUCAACUUCCCAUUGUACAAGAUGUGGCAAGCACAAUUCAGGCAAGUCUAGGCAUUGCAGCAUUCCUCCUCUGUUCCUUUGCACUCUUCAUGUGUGCUUCUCAUUCAUGGAAAAGGCGUAACUGGCGGAGGUGUUAUGGUUUCUCUUCUGAUGAACCUGUUAUACAGCUCAACACAGAAGGAGCAUUCAUAAUGUCCAAAAGGGCUCAACAGGUCCAACCAGGAUAUGGCGAAGAAAGCAUGGCAGGACAACAAGAUGUCUGUGUUUGGCAGAAGAACAUACUCAUGGGUGAGAAGUGCCAGGUCCCAGACUUCUCUGGUAUCAUUGUUUAUGAUUCUGCUGGGAAUAUAGUUGUUCCUCCUGCCAGAACUUGUGCUGCAAUCUCCUUUAAGUAG